AAAGUGUGCGAGGGUCUCAUCACAGGUCUGGAUUCACUGAAGUAUUUAUAGAAGAAGUGUGACCUAAAUAACCCAGCUGUGCAGUCAGACGACGUCCACCAAAACACACAGAGAGAGAGAAAACAACAACAACUCCUUCGUUUAGAAAGGAGAGAAGAAGAUCUGUGGAGAGGUAAACCAUCAUCCUAAUAUAUCAAUCUAACACAGUGUCAUGGAUCAGGAGACAUUAGGAGGGAUUUUAGAUCAGGAUGUGGCAACUCAGCUCAUGAUUGAAGAAAGUCUACUGCAGGGCCGCAAGCAAACCCAAGUGAAAAACUCUUCAUCUGAUGUUAGCAGGAUCAUUCACAUCAGCCCAGAGAGAGAGAAGAUUUUCAAUGCUAUUAAACAUGGUGAUGAAGGUUCCCUCAUGAAGCUCACGGUUCACCAGCAUGCGUUUAGUGAAGAAGAUAACACCGGUUACAUCCCUUUACAUGAAGCAGCAAGCCAAAGCAACCAGAGCAUCCUUCACAUCACUUUUACUGCUUCUCAUGUGGAGUUAAAGGACAAAAGGACUCGUCGGGGUAAGACGCCUCUUUUCUUAGCUGUGGAGAAGGGAUUUUUAGACAACGCCUGUUUUCUGUUAGACAACGCCUGCAGUCCAGAUAGCCUGGACAAUGAGGAAGACUCACCUCUUGUUGUAGCCAUUAGAAACAAGAAUUAUGACAUGGUGAAGCUUCUACUAAACUUCAAUACUAAAGUUAAUCAAGAGGGAGCGCACAACAGAACAGCUCUGCAUGAAGCCGCCCGGCUGGGCCUGAAAGAUUUUGUGGACUUGUUGUUGAAGUUUGGAGCUCAUCCUGAUCCCAGGAGCUCUUACGGCCUGACACCUUUAGCGUUAGCGGCACAGGCUGGACACCUGGAGAUUGUUCGGACACUCUUACAGAAAGGAGCUGAUGUGGAGUCUCAGGCUCAGGACAGCGCUACCAUCCUGUUUGAGGCCUCAGCUUCAGGAAACCCUGAUGUGAUUUCUCUACUGCUGGAAUACGGAGCUGAUGCUAAUGUACCCAGACACACCGGUCAUCUACCCAUCCAUAGAGCGGCUCACCGCGGACACCAGGAAGCUUUGGCUCUUCUGAUACCCGUGACGACGUGUGAUGCUGUGGAUGACAGUGGGAUGAGUCCUCUACAUUCAGCGGCGGCUGGUGGACACACACGCUGUUUGGAGAUGUUGCUUAAGGCCGGUUACGACCCCAACUUCAUGCUGUACCCGUGGGUACGCCGUAACUAUGACGACAAGCGCCAGUCGGCCCUGUACUUUGCCGUGUCCAACGACGACGUCGCCUCAACCAGGGUACUUUUGGAGGCCGGGGCGAUGCCCAACCAGGACCCAGUGAAAUGCCUACAGGUGGCGCUGCGCCUGGGCAACUAUGAGCUUAUCAGCAUCUUGCUUCGAUACGGUGCCAACGUCAACUACUACUGUCGGGUGAACACAACUCACUUUCCAUCGGCGUUACAGUACGCCCUGAAGGAUGAUGUCGUGCUACGGAUGCUGUGUAACUAUGGUUACGAUGUGAUGCGAUGCUUCGACUGUCCGUAUGGAGAGGGCUCUCACGUUCCUGAUGAUUAUGAAGGCUGGAGUAAUACGGUCAUUAAGGAUACUCUGUUUUGUGAGGUCAUCUCUGUCUCGUGGCUGAAGCAUCUCUCUGGGAAUGUGGUGCGAGCCAUGCUGGACUACGUCGAUCACGUGAGCUUUUGUGCUAAACUCAAGGCUGUCAUCAUGGAGCAGAAACAGUGGCCAGAAAUCUGUCAAAUUCAAGAGAACGUCCGCUGUUUGCAGCAUCUCUGUAGGCUGAAGAUCAGGAGCUGUUUGGGUCGACUGCGUUUACGAGCUCCAGUUUUCAUGAGUUUUCUUCCUCUGCCAGACCGACUGAAACAAUACAUCUUAUAUAAAGAAUAUGAUCUUUACAGUCAGCAGUGUCAAAGCAAAUGAGAUUUAGAUGAAUGUGGAUGGGAUGCUCCCAGUAAUGUGAAGAUUAGGAAUGAAAUAAUGUGGAGAGAAACCUUUUUUUUUUUUUUGCUUGGGGAUAUUUUCAUAUUCAGGGUUCACACACCUUAGUUAAAGGAACAGUAUGUAAGAAAUGUAUAUCAAUUAAUCACAAAAUGGCCCUGAUAUCUCACUAGACAUUAAGAAAUCAUUUUCAUUUCAAAUACUUAUAACACUGACAACAGUGGUCCGGCCAGGAUAUUGUCAUUUAAUAAGUGGAGUUGCAGCCCCUAACUGAUGUUUAUGUUGUCAUGUUGUGUAUUGGCCACCAGUUGUGUGAUUGCAGUACCAGUUUUUAACCACAAGUUUUGUGAUUGCAAUAUCAGUUUUGGCCACAAUCCUACAUACUGUUCCUUUAACUUCAAAUUCAAGGACUAAAUGUGGGGUCACAUUUCAAGUGAGAGCAAGGUUACAUCGUGUAACCUUUUAAGAUACAUUGUUACAGUGCCCUUUCAAGGGAACUCGCGCUGCGUCACUGCGGUGACACUUUGGGUAUGCCUCCAGGGGUAAGUGCGUCUGAAUGUGUAUAUCAAAUUCAACCAAUGAUGAGGCUUAACGACAAAGACAGGGUGAGCCAGGAAGUAUAUCGCUAUCUGAAAUAUUGCCAAAGACGGCGUUACAGGGACACAGGAAGUAUGGCAAGAGAGACGCAGCGUCUCGUUCCCUUCUCAAGGAACAACAGUUACAUACGUAACCCGAGACGUUUUCAUGUGUCAAACAUAACUAUGCAAAAAAGCAUUUUGGUAUGAAUCAACAUUGACAUACAGAAGAUAUAAGCCUUUAAAGUGAACAGUUUAGCACGUGUGCUUAAAAAGUCUAGAAUUUUAUGAUAUUAUCCUACACUACACAGGGAAUAAUAUGGAUUUUUUCCAGAAAACUUCUUGCAUAAAAUAGAUUCAAGCACUUUCAUUGACCUGUAUCUAUGUAUGUGUAUUUUCAAAAACAUAUAUUUUCAUAUUUUCCCAGGGCCUUGAAUUUUUUCUCCUAGAUUCACAAACUUUCAAGGAUUUUAAGGACCCGUGGGAACCCUGCAUAUUGUUUUAUAAUGGAUGUUUUUGUGCAAUAACAUUAUUCAAUCUGUGGUCUGAUGAAGAAGGUGCAGCACAAUAACAACAUGGAGGCAGUGAACAACAUUUAUAAAAUACAUACAUUUUUUAUAAAUUCUGUGCAAUUAAAUCUCAGAAAAAUAAGGGAUGCACCGUACACAGAGGGGCCACGUGCCGAUAAAGUUUGAGAACCACUGAUCUAGAGAGGAUUACUGCUGUGCUCUUUAUAGUAGAGAAUAAAUAUAAAAACAUACAUUUGUGCACACAUACAUAUCUACUUAUAAAGAAAGCUAAACUCAAGAAUGGACUUUAAAGCCCUCCCUGCUAAAAAAAAAACCAAUAGACACCAUCACAGAAUUUAUUGGUUCUAAUGGAAUGUUCCAAAACACACUACAGUGUAGUGGUUUUAAUGGUAAAAGCUAAUGGUUCCUAUUGGUAUUUAAAUGGAAACCAUUAGAAUUUUCUGUAAUGGUUUAAUUGUUUUUUUCAGCAGGGGUACAGAAAUAACGUAUAGAGCAGUGGUUCUCAAACUUUUUCAGCGUGCGGCCCCCCU